AUGGUGGGCUCUCAACAAUACAAAGACGUCGAGAUACACUACGUUCUCAAGGCUAUUCACAUGGGAAUGCCACCCCCCUGGGUUCGCAUGAGGUUCGAGCAGCGCUUCAAGCGCAAGCUGUCUGACAAUCAACUUCGUUAUUUGAAGAAUAAAUAUGGCAGAGAUCCCCGGUUCGGCACCUCCACCUUUGGAACACCGAACCCGCGGAUUGGAUCAGAUAACUGGCCACUUGAUGACGUCCUGGCUAUCGACUACCAAGCUUUUGAACACGUCGCCGAUCCAAACCUCCGUGUUGCUGCCGCUACUAACAGCAUCAUGGCCCCAACAUCUCCAAUCGUGGCUCCUCAUCUCCCCGUUGUUCGGUCUGGAGGCCCUGGUGGCAGUGACCUAGCUGGAGCCCUCAGCCCCCGUACUACCUCCGUGGCCGGCCAGAAGCGUGCGCGUGGCAAGGACGAAGACGAAGAGGUUGAAGGCUUGACCGGAAAUCGUCCUCCAAAGCUUUACAAGACAUCCCGCGUCGAUUCCUCUGCAAGCUAUACCGAUCAUUUUUCUCGACCGGAAUACUCUGCGGCCUUUCCAAGCCCACUUCCUAUAUAUGGAAAUGGUACAAUGCUCUCGAGCGAUGGGGCUUUCACUCCUACUCCUGUUGGACCAGUUCUUCCAGCAUGCCCUCCGGUUGCGCGAACUCCCACAUUCUGCUCGAGUGGUCCAGUUCAUACCUAUGCACUUGGACAGGUAAACCAGUUACCGGUGAACUCCUUCCACUUCACACAGCUAAGCCCCAUGGCACAGGGCGUAGCCAGUAACAUGUACACUGACACCCUCACUUUCCAAGACGAUCCAUACGCUGAUGGGUCGGGUGUCACAAGACGCGGCGUCCCAGGCAAUAUAAACACGGUUCCAUUUUAUCACCCGAGUACUAACUUUUCCUUCAAUGGUGGUUUUGGGCACCAUGCUUCUAGCGAGCUGGACAUCCCCAGCCUCAGUUACCAGCAUGGCCCAAAAGGUUGUUUCGAUGGCUAUGGCCAGAGCUCCGCAUUGCCAAAUCCAUGGGACUUCAGCAGCACCUUGGUUCAUCCGUCCAUGGACCUUUUGAACUCGACACCCGGUUUCCUUGGACUCAAUAACACCCCAGCUAUAGGCACACAAAAUUAUACACCGCACCAAAUGCCUGCGAACCACUCGCCCUUUACGCCCGCGUCGAAUAUGAUACAGCCGGCGGUAUCGCUCCAACCAGUCAACAAUCAAGUUGCCCGGCAGAUAUCGCUUGGCUGUGCAGCCGUCCCAGAGACGAAUGCUUGCUGCAGGCUAAAGACGGAACUCAGCAACGACGUACUCGAUAAUGCGGCAUCCAAAGAAUGCAGAGAAAGAUUGAACAGAGAGUUAAUAGAGAGUUUAUCUGUCCAUGGCUCUGAUACUAAUAACCUGCAUCUUUUUUCUCACUUCCCUCCCCCAGCCAAGGGCGGCUUUCACCAGGCUCUCGAAAUCGCACACCCGGCUACAAAUAUGAAUGCCCCUACAGCCAAAACUGCCUCUUCAGAUGAAGUAUAUGAGACUGAUAUUUGUGAUCAUGAUCGCCCUACGACGACCUCAACCGUCUGUACUCGUGCAACUUCGGUUUCUCAGCUCAGCGAGCCUGUCCAUAAAGGGAAAGCACGCAACGAGAACAGGCUCCAGGAUGAACGCCCCAAGGAUGGUUUCAUCACGACCAGCGCAGCCCGGGCUGUUCCUGGCGUUUCUCGACGAACAGAAGAGAAGUAA